AUGAGCGAAAUUGAUACCGAUAAAUUGAACGAAAUCUGGACAAAUGGAUGGAAAAACGUUGACUACUCCAAGUGUACAACGAUGACACAAGUAUUCGAACAUCUACGAAAUUCCUACCUCGAAAGCUCUCAGUCAGUAAAUGAGUCGGAGAAAGCAGAGUUGAUAAAUAGACUUGAUUCCUUUAUCGAUAGAUGGAAUGUCGAUCAUCAAGAGAACGACCCAGAACUAUGCGAAAGAUGCCAAAGCUGGGCCUAUGCCGCUCAAUAUUGUGAGCAUUGUAUCCGACAUUUCUUUAAGAAAAACUUUGGAAAGUGGACUUCAGGAAAUGAUGAAAUCGACAAGAUUAUCCAGGAUGCUCAAUUAAACGCAUCGUGCCCAGACAUGGUGGUCGAAUGGAUACCUUUUAGUGACUUCGAAGAAGUUAAACAUAAGAUUAAGGGCCAUCGUUCUGAUAUUUAUUCGGCGACUUGGAGUAAAGGUCCGUUUGACAAGUUUAAUCCAGAAACCCACGCAGUCGAUCGAUUCGGUAGAACAAAUGUCAUUCUCAAGAAACUUGAGAAUUCUGACAAAAUGGAUGGGGAAUGGUUUAAAGUUAUAACCGAAUUUAAACUUCACAAGCUCAGUAUAUUCGCUACUGCAUUUUAUGGAAUAACCAAAGAUCCUAUGACUCAAGAAUACAUGAUCGUUCUAAAGCAAUAUGAUUAUAAUUUACAUGAAUACAUCUCACUUAAGCAUUCUAAAUUCUCCUGGUACGAAAAAAUAUAUCGUGCCAAUUCAGUUCUAUCGAAAAUCGAGGGUGUUAAUGCAUCAUCCUGGGUUCAUAAAAACUUGCAACCCGGUAACGUUCACGGGAAUUUACAUCCGGGUAACGUCUUGUACGAAAAAAAAACCGAUCAAUUUCUUAUUGCUGAUUUGGGCCUUUAUCAACACGCGGAAGAUUAUUACGAAAGUCUCCCAUUUAUUGCACCUGAAAACUUCGGGUGUGAUGAAUAA